GCAGUUGGAACUGCUUCUUCUUCUGCUAAGCUAACAGUCUCAGAACCAAAGAAACCACCUUUCUUUGAUAAAAAACUGGAACCAGUAGGUGCUGUGCUUGGGGAAAGUGCAGACUUUGAAUGCCUUGUUUCUGGAACGCAGCCAAUUAAGGCGCUAUGGACCAAAGAUAAUAAAGAAAUUAAAACAGGUGGAAAUUAUAAAAUCACCCACAUUGGCAACACAGCUCACCUGAGAAUUAUAAAAGUGGGCAAAGGAGAUUCAGGCAUCUACUCUUGCCUUGCAGCCAACGAUGUUGGGAAAGAAUCUUGUUCAGCCGAAUUGAGUGUGAAAGAACCUCCAAAGUUUGUAAAGAAACUAGAACCUUCACGGAUUGUUGCACUUGCUGGCUCUGCCCAUUUUGAUUGCAAGAUUAGUGGAUCUCCAGAAAUUAGAGUUGUGUGGUACAAAAAUGACACCGAACUUCAACCAAGUGAAAAGCUCAAUUUAUCUUUUGCCGACAAUGUGGCACUUCUUGAGAUUAAUGAUUUCAGCCCAGAAGACGGUGGGGAUUACACAUGUGAAGCUCAUAAUGAUGCUGGUAGUGCAAGCUGCAGUACAUCUAUCACAGUAAAAGGUGCC